AACAGAACAUUCUGUCCCAGUGGCUGCACAGAUCCUAUCUGAUCCUCGUAGGGAGCAGACGUGUUUGGAGAGAGCUCGUGAUUUUGAGAGAGAACUUGUGAUCUUGACUUACCCAGGCCCUUCUGGGUUUGGGGAGGUUGAUUUCUCACCUGUUUUUGCGGCUUUAUAGCCUUUACUUUUCAUUUUUGUUUGAUUUUUUUAUUUAUUUAUUUUUGGAAAUGGGUAAGAAGUUGCCCCCAACUGAGGAAGCAGGGGCAAUGAAUACUCGAGCAAGGCUGGGAUCCAGCAGGUGAGCAGUGAGCCAGAAAGCUGUAGUUGGUGCAGAAAAGAAAAUGGCUGCUACUGUAAAGAAAGUGAACAAGAAAGGGAAAGUUUUGCCAAAGGAGGAGGAGGUGGAGGAGGUGUCUGUGGAGAGUGAGGAGGAAGAAAAGCUGGAUGAGGUCCCUGAGUCAAGUCUGUCUGGGUUUGCGGCAUCUGAGCCCCCUGUGCAACAUGUUGCGGAACUACAAGUCUCUGCAUCUGGAGCUUCAGCAAAGGUUGGUGAAUCCCAAGCUACCUGUGUCCCAGAGAGCAUCCCCCAAGGAACAAGCAGGUCCCCCAUAGCUAUGGAGGAGGAAAGUCCUGUGGCCAGCGUAGACUGGAGCCCCUGGUCUGGUAUUUGCAUCAGUCAGGGAGCAGAGGGGAGCGGUGCUUUGCUGGGGGAAAUGGAAGGUACAAGCGGCUGUACUGACACACAAGCAGCUGCUGCUAUGGACAGUGACCCCCAGCUGAGGGAGAAAAUAGGUACCAGCUGCACUGCUGUAAUGGAGGCCGGCCAUGUGCUUGGGAAGGAGGACGCCAUUUUGGAAGCAGAGACAGGCUUGUGCACAGCAAAGGGGAUGCUCCGCCCACCCAGUGAAAGCUGCAGAGAGUCCAGCAGAGACAGUAAGAAAGGAAAGAUUCCAGCAAAGAAUCAGGGAACCCCCCCACAAAUGGCACCGACUGCUGCUGCUUCAGCAGAGGGAGGAAUGGAGGCAAGCAUGGACUGGGACUACCUGGCAGAGACUGUGGCUUUACAGGUGCUGGAGGAGAAAUCUGCAGGUCCCCAGAUCUCAAUGCUCUGACAGUUGUGUCCCCGGCUUCAGAAAGGCCCCAAGGUCUGGAAUGUUUACCUGCUGCUAUGACUGUAUCUGGUGUCCUGAGGGAGAGAUCUCCAACACAACUUGUAAAUAAUAAAAAUGGAAAGUACAAACAAUGAUUUCCCAAAGAAAUAACAGCACAGAAACACCAUGUAACCAAGAGUAGUAACCACAAUGAGUGUGUGGACCUUUGUCCCUUAGUUUUAGCUAUAAACCAAAAACAUAUAAGGAAUAAAAGAACAUCCUGCUAAACUAUAAUUCAGACUAAUUUUGUGUGCUGCCCUUUUCAGACAUCUGUAUGAUCAUAUCCAUUCCUCUUUAAUCUCCAUCAUACAGUACCUGUAACCCUUUCUUGACAAACUCCUGUAGAAUUGGAUCACACUCACUUUAACUCUGGCAUGAUUCCUGUGAUAAUUCAGCACACUUGUACCUCUUUGCUUAUGAAAUAUACGGGGAAUUGGAAUUCACAGUAUUGGCCUCCACCUAAUGGGCACUAAGGAGUACAUUUCAGGGGAUUUCCACAUGGAAAUAAUUAUCACAAAAAGUUUUGCAGGAAAAAAAAUAAACUUUAUAUAAAGAUGAAGCAAGCAACAAUUAUGAAUGCAAUUAGAAUCCCUGCACUGGGGACCUGUGGUUCUGUUUAACUCAUUAGCACAGUCUUUAAAGAGCCACAGUCCCACACUCCAUUUCAAAUGCUCUUGAUCCACCCCAGGUACUACUACCUGCCCCAAAGUUAAUUUCCUUUGGAGAAGGCAGUUGUACCCAUGUAGCUGGCUCACAGUAAGGACCUGUCCUCACACAGAGGAACAGACACUGGUGCCUUCCAAUAACUUUCCUCUGGUGGAUCACACACUAGGGACAUAACUUACAAAGCUGGGCAGGGAGCAAGAAGGAUUCUUCCUAUAUAGCUGGACCUCUAGGCUUCUUCUCCAAGCCAAGCCCAAAUCAUCUUUACACAGACACCCUUGUCUAUGUUUCUGGGCAGCUCACUCUCUCUGGAAGAUUCUGCAAGGGCCAGUUUUACCUCUCCUGGCUCACCCUGUAGAUUGGGCACCAAAGCAAGACACUCCUUGGACCAUUCUCUUUUACCAGAUAUCCUCAGAGGCCCCCAGAAUGCAUAAGGCCCUUUUCCUGCCCGCACACUCCGCUGGGUAUCACCUUUCUAGAAAAUGUAUUGAAAUAUUUCCCAAGGCCCUUUUCCUGUCCUCAGGAAUUAAUUCCUUACCCAAAUCCCUCUAUAAUCAUGGAUGGGAGUUCGAGAAAUGCUAAGAACUACUGUUGGUAUAACCUAACAAAGAAAUUCUAUUGGCUGAUUUCUGUCAAAUUCUAGUUUGGAGUCAGUUGAAAGCCCAGUCUUUAUACACAGUCACAUCUAGAAAAUUGUUGCUUCCAACAUUCUCAUGCAUAGUUAACCUUCUGGUGGAGGACACAUUAUAUCAUCAACACAUGUUUUGAGAUGCUCCUAAGUACCAACCACAGGACGAAUAUCUCGUCAAUGUUGCACCUGAAGAAAGGCACUAGAUAUUAAUGAAAGGAGCUGUGAUAGAGAAGGUUGUGAGUCUCAUCAGUCAAAUUUCUUCAAUUUUAGGUAGAUGGUCAAAACUUUUUAAAAGGACCAGCAUUCAACCCUCACCACUAAAUUUGCUGUGUUAUUCAGCAUAUUUGUGUAUCCAACUUUUCUGCUGAUAGUAGGGACUUUGAAGUUCCCCCAAAAUCCAGCAACUUCUUUUAGGGCCCUCCUCUGCCCAAACAAAAGCUUCACAGUAAUAAACAAUGUUGCUGUAUCCCUCAGAGAGUUAUGUUAUUUCCCCCUCCUCUCUGAGGGAUACAGCAACAUAGUUUAUUUCUGUGACGUAUACAGUUAAUAUCUGAAUUAAUAUUAUUGUUAUUUCUGACCCAAUGAUAAGGGAUUUUUACUUCAAACCUACUAAGGGGAAGAAACCACACCCCCCAGAUUCAUCUCCCAAUUCAACAUCUACUCUUACAUCUUCAACCCCCAUUUUAUGUCCAAAACAUUCUAUGCGGUUCAAAUGUUGUCUUCAUUUCAUUAUCCAAAUAAUAUAAAUUCACAUUUCACAAUUUAGUAUGCUUCAUUAUUAUAUAAAUGUAUUCAUUGUUGAAUUUAUUGUUGUAUUAUUGCAACAGCACCUUUUUCAGUAGGAAGUUGUAUUACAUACACUGUUUCAUAACAUUAAGGGGGUAAUUUACUAAACCAUAAUUUUUUAUGGUUGAGUUUUUUUGGUCAUGUAUAAGUCAAUGGGAGAGGUCCCUAUUUGAGCAUAUCAUCGUCUGCUCUGGGUUUAGCCUGAUAAUCCAGCAAAUUCUUGGUUUCUGGGCAAUUAGCUGAAAAAAUUAAUCGGUUCGGGUGCUUUUGCUUGAUUUUAUAGUUUUUUCCCGUUCCGAAUUUUUUUAGUUAUUUUAUUGAUAAAUAAGAUAAAAUUGUGGAUGGGAGUUUGGUUGUGCUUGCUUUAAUAAAAACAUGAGAUACAUUUGAGCUUUAGUUAAUAACCCCUAUUAAUGAAAAAAAUAACUGUGCAGUGAUAAAUCAUGUGAGUGUAUUUGUAACAAUAUUGCCUAGAUUAAUAACAUUUUCCAUACACCUAGAUUAUACCCAUACUAGCCUACUUUCAAUGACCCCCUCCAGGUUAUUAAUCAAUAAGUUAAUAAACUAGUUAAAAAGCAAAGGACCAAUGGGAGACUCCUGUGGUACUCCACUAACAAAACAGGUUCAAUUAAAAUGAUUUUUGUAAUCUAUCCGUCAGCCAGUUCUCUAUCCAAGGCCAAUAUUCCUUAAUUUAACCAGUAAUCUUCUGUGUGACACUGUAUGAAAAGCUUUAGCAAAGUCCAAGUAGAUCACAUCCACUGCCAUCCCAAUGUCGAUGUUGCUGCUCACCUCCCCAUAAAAGGCAACUAAAUGAAUCUGGCAAGAUCGGUUACAUAUAAAAACAUGCUGACACUGCAAUGUGUUUUGUAAUGAUGUGUAGUGUUGGUUUAUGACAAUUACAUUUUAUCUUAUGGCCAUCUAGGAAGACCAAUAGGGGUGGAAGAAGAGGCCAAGUCUGAAUGCAAGUUAGGAUGUAUUUUGGACACAAUGUCUAUUUUCUUAACUAUACUGUUCUGAAAGCACAGUCUUAAUUUUAUUUAUGAUGGAAUGUGGGAAAACUGCAAAUACAGCAGUGUUUUUAUAUAUUGGCAACCUUAUAUUGAGCUAAUGGGAUCAAAGGUGGUUGCAUUUGAUUAUAUGAAAAAAACUUGAUUACAAGAACUUGGAAAGUUCAUGUUUUGGAAAGAUGUAUUUCUGACACUAAUAUUUUUGAAACUGAAAUUGAAGGGAAACUAUCACUCUGAACAUUUCAGGUCUCAAUAAAUGAUAUUGCAUCAAACAGUCCAUAUGUAAAACAUGAAAUAAAUAAUAUUCAAAUACAUAUUUCUGUUUUAUAGCCAUAAACCAUAAACCAUUGGAUAAUCCCAAAUAGAAACACUGCAAGGCCUCUGAAGGCAAGUCCUCACUCUGUUGAUUGUUGGUUAAACUAGUUGUGAGAAGCUGAUGUGCUGAGUAACUACCACUCACAAACAUAUGGAGGCAAGACACAUCUGUAUGUUAAUAUCAGGAAUUCACUAUAACAGACCAAAGUCAAAGCAGGGAAUUCAGGAACAAGGACAGGGCAAGGAACAUACUUACAAGACAGGAACUCAGUAAUAGGCUUAAAUAGCCCAUAAUUGACCUGGAUCAUGGGGAAAGGACUUCCAGAUAACAUGGCAGGCUAAAACACCAGUUCCUCCUAUGGCUCAACCUGGAGGAGCAGUGGUCAGUAUGAGAAGGUCCCUGGCUCUAAGCCAGGGAGUUUCUGAUAAGCUCAUAUGCUUCAUUAUGCUUAUACACAAAUCAAGUGCACACGUACACACUAAAUUAUAUCAGCCAAUGAAUGGGCAUGGCUCUGUAUCUUACUCCCAUGCUCCUUAGAGCUAAGGGAGCACAAGGACACAGAGCAUCACAAAAUGGUGGCCCAUGGUAAGAGUUGUAUACACCAAUUUGAUAGAAUUCUUUACUAGAUCACAUAUGAUGAUAAAAAUAUCAGUAUUCAUUCUGAAGGUAUAGUUUUCCUUUAGAAAAUGACACCACUGCAGCACAAGAGAGACCUGCACAUCCUUCCUGUUUCUAUUCAUGGCCUAAACAAUACAGUCCAACCUUACAUCCAUUUAUAUGUACCACUCUCCAUGACAUUAUA